AUGUUGACCAAAUAUGGAAAAUCUGAUUUGUCUUUACAUCAUUUUACUUUUUUUUUUUUUUUUUUAUUUUGUUUCAUUGGCUAUAAAAUUGUUCGAUUGUCUGAUUCAUGUAAAGAGUUUUGUUCAGAAGCUAAAAGAAUUAGAAUUCGACCUCAAAGACCGGUUGUUACGGAAGAAGCAUCCGAUCAAGAAGAACAACCGCAAAGAGUUGAAUAUUAUGCUGCCGAAUCUCAAGAAGCUCACGGACCUCAAGCCCCACAAGCGGCUCCAGUCCCUCAAGUUCCGCAAGCCCCUGUUGAAGCUCAACAAAAACUCGUUUUGUUAACAAACGAGGGAGAUGUUUACAAUGGCCUUUACGGUAGAGCCAUAGAAAGAGCUGGAACUGAACCUCAAUAUCCGAGACUUCUUCAAAGACCGGGACUCAUUGCUCGACCAACCAGAGUUAAAGAAGCAGCUAAAGAACCACCAGUGCAAACCAUUCGCAAUUACAGCAAAGUGAAUGACGAUGGAUCUUUUACUUUCGGUUAUGAAGCUGCCGAUGGAAGUUUCAAAGAAGAAACAAGAGGAACCGAUUGCGUCGUCAGAGGAAAAUAUGGUUACGUAGAUCCAGAUGGCAACAAAAGAGAAUUCACUUAUGUCUCUGGAAAUCCAUGUGAUCCAAAUGCUCCAAGUCAAGAAGAAGAAGAAGAAAAAGAAUCCGAAGAAAGUGGAGAAGAAAAUGUACCACAAAAUAUUCCUCCACGACCAUUAAGACCUUUGAGACCAGUAGCUAAACCAAUCGUAACUAGACCAGCCACCACGCUUUUCCAACAAGAUUUUAAAACGAUUCAAACUGAAAACGCAGUCGUUCCCGAAGAAGAAACCCAUCCACAACCUCAACUUUACUUGCAACCAUCUCCAGGUGUCGCGCAUGCUCCAGGUCCCGUACCGGUUCAAGUUCCACUUCCCGUGCCCGUACCAGUUUCACCAGCUGCACCAGCUCGAGUCAGAGGAAGAAUUCCUUCUCGCCCAGUUUCGGUCCAACUUCCAGUUCCAACCGAAAAACCGGAAACAGUAGUCAGAGUCACUCCAAGGCCAGUUACACCUUCCACUCCAGCUUCUCUUCCAGCUACUACUUACAGACCUCAGCUCUUGGUUUCGGUCACUCCACGUCCCAAUGUUGUCCUUACAAAACAUUCUACUCUCGCUCAACCAAGUCCGUUGAUUCCAUCACCUUCUCCAAUCUCCAGUGUAGAUUUCGAAGAAGAAUUGAAACGAUUCCAACUCGAAAACAAUGUAGUAACGACUCCGAAAACUUUAUCUCCGAGCACUACCCUUAAAUCUGAACAACCGGGAGUUCCAUCGGGACAACCAGUAUACACUUCUGAAUUGGUGUUCAACCCGGCCACCGGCCAAUAUAACACAGUCCUUUAUCAACAAAUUCCAAAAUCUGCUGCCGAUUUGAGUCUUAAGACUAGACUACCACAAAUUGUACCUCAACCGCAACUUCAACCGAUUCAAUUGCCACAACCGCAACCACAUCAUCAACCGCAACAUCAACCUCAACCACAACCUCCAAGAUCCGGUGCUGUAACACAUCAUCCAUCUAAUUUACUUCAACAACAAAUUUUCGAACAACAAAAGCAAGUAUUGUUCCAACAAUCUCAAGACUUAUACAAUCAACAAAGAUCCCAACUCCAUGCUCAACAACAACACAGGUUUCAACCGUCAUUUGCUCCGACCUCUCUCCAAUACCAAUCUUUACCAUCUACCGUAGCUUCAUCGUCUUCCAAACCUUUGGCAACGGGACCGCAAAAAUUUGAAACAUCACCAGAACCAGCUCAAAGGGUAUCCAGGCCUCCAAAUCCCCAACAAUACUAUUAUUUUGCUCCGAGUUUAGAUGCUCAAGCUCAAAGUAUAGCAACCGGACAACUUGAUGCUUUCCUCAGAGCAAACAAUUAUGGAUUCUAA